AUGGAUUUGUUGCCAUUGGAUUUGAAGGUGUUAGCUCUAAAAAGUGAUGAUAGACGAAAAACUAUCGGAUCAGGCAUAGAAUUCUUAUCGAGAAAUGACUGUUUUCGUGUAUUCAAGCUAUCUCCAUUAUAUAUUUACUUCUGCACAAUGAAAGGACAUAAAUUUUGUGGAUUAGGCAUAGAUGUGCAUCCUCUUUUAGUAGAUGCAUAUCGAAACUCAGGAAAACCUCAGACAUACAAACAAAGUGCAGAUUUAGAAAAUGCAUAUCGAGAAGUUUUAGGAAAAAUUAAUAUUCAAAUAACGAUCACCCAUAUCACUGGAUUGAUUGAUGAUGUUGUUUGCUUAGACCAAUACCAAGGCGUUCAGCACAAGCAGACAGAAGCAACAAAUGAAGUUAUUGUUUUACAAGAUUCUUCAACUUCAGCAAUGAAGAGACAAAAAAGAAAGGCAACAACACAUGUUUUCGAUCCAUUUCCAGAUUUGCUUUACAUGUACUAUGAUUAUCAAACUGCUGCAAAUGAUUUCAUCAUGGAAGCGAUUCCUACUGGAGAAAAAGCCGAGAUGGCCAUCUCAGCAAGGAACUUCGAAAAGCACAAGCAACUACAAGAGCUCAGGCGUGAAAUUGACGUUAAUCAAAAUAUCAUGGAAGAAUCCGAAUACAAUCACAUUAAUUCCUCCAACGAAGCAUUCAAUACACCAAGUGAUUUCUCUGAUUCCGAUGAAACUCUUGGAACUCAAGAUUUACUUCGCGAAAUCAGAAGAACACUCGGAGUUACAGAUCCUGUUCGCAGAAAGCGGCCAAAGCCAACUAAUUAUGAUCCUACAAUCACCAAGCAGUCCGCCAAUGUCCAAAUUACUCAACAUCCUCUUGAUUUGGACGCUAAAAAGGAAAAACCGAAAGAACCGAAAUACAAAGAAAUCGGAGGCGAUACUUUAUCACGUCUCAAUAGGAAGGCUAUUCCAAAACCACAAGAACCUCCUAAACAACCUCGCAAGCGAAUUACAACUUACAGAUUGGCAGAUCUCGCCGUCAAAAAGCCAGAAUUACCUCCUCCAGAGCCAACUCCUGCUCCUCCACCAAAACCAAAGCGGAUGACACCAAUUCUGAUGAAAGUACAAACAGAGAGACCGAAGAAAGAAGAGAAACCAAUAGAUUUGAACGCGAAACCGAAGAAGAGUCAAGAUUUAAUAAGAAAGAAACCUCAAGUUACUUCAACAGAGAUAAUUUCCAUCAAAACAAACGAUAUUCCACAAAGAAAGAAAUCUCCUUCUCCUCCAAAUCCAAAUCUCAAGAAGGCGAAAUCUCAAGCAGUCAUCGAAAAAAUCCCUCCAAAACCAACAACAGAUUCAAAACAAAAACUUCAAACAAAAGAAAAAACUCAACAAAAAGAAAAAAGUCAAACAAAAGAAAAAAGUGCCAAUUUGCCAAAAGAAAAAUCUUCAAAACAAACUCCAGAAACAACAACAAAACAAAAAGAAAAACAACAAUCAUUACCACAAAAAUCCCAAACAAAAGAGAAAACACAAACCAAAGACAAAUCUCAAACAAAAGAGAAAACUACAACAAAAGAGAAAACUACUACAAAAGAAAAAGUUCAAAACAAAGAUAAAGAGAAGGUUGAAGUUGUUGUUCCUGAGCCUGUUAAAGAGAAAGAACAGAAAGGAGAACCACUUAAUGCAACUGAUGUUCCAACUAAAGAACCAAUCGAAGAAAAAAGGAGUUCUUCGAAAUCAUCAACUCCAGAAAAAGAGAAAGAAAAAGAAAAACAAAAGAAUUCAUUUUCAGAAAACUCCUCUUUCGAUUCCUUCGCAUCAUCUCCAAGCAAAGAUAAAGAUAACAGAGAUAAAACAGAAACCAUCGUUGUUGAUUCCUUUGAAAGCGAAUCUAAAACAGGUAAAACAGAUACAAUUGUUGUUGAUUCCUUUGAAAGCGAAUCUAAAACAGGUAAAACAGACACAAUUGUUGUUGAUUCGUUUGAAAGCGAAUCUAAAACAGGUAAAACAGAUACAAUUGUUGUUGAUUCGUUUGAGAGUGAAUCAAAGACUACAAAGACAGAUACAAUUGUUGUCGAUGAUGAUGUUCCUUCUAAAGAAGUUUCAUCUGAUUUGCAGAUUUCUGAUUCAUUUGAAUCUUCAACUUCGAAGUCUAAAAGUAAUCCGAAACCAGCUGAUUCUUCGAAGACAGAAAGUACCGUUCUAUCAGAUACAUUUGAUACUAGUUCUGUUGUUGUUGUCCAACAAGAAGAAAAGAAACAGAAAUCAGAUUCAAUUGAUAUUUCUGAUUCUUUCGAUGAUACAUCAACUGUUGUUGAAGAAAAGAAAGAAGAACCGAAACCAACAAAAGAAGUUUCAUCAGAAACAUUCAGUGAUACAUCAAAUAUCAUAACUCAAGAUGAUAAAAGCAAAGCCAAAAGUGAUUUCUCUGAUGAAACAUUUACUGAUACAUCGAAUAUCAUAUCAGAGAAGAGUAAGACAAAGAGUAGUACAGCUGAUGAUCAUAAAGAUGAUUUCUCUGAUGAAACAUUUACUGAUACAUCGAAUAUCAUAUCAGAGAAGAGUAAGACAAAGAGUAGUACAGCUGAUGAUCAUAAAGAUGAUUUCUCUGAUGAAACAUUUACUGAUACAUCGAAUAUCAUAUCAGAGAAGAGUAAGACAAAGAGUAGUACAGCUGAUGAUCAUAAAGAUGAUUUCUCUGAUGAAACAUUUACUGAUGAUUCAACUGUUGCUAAUGAUAAAAACAAAUCUGAUUCAACAUCAAUUAUGGAUUCAUUCGGAUCUAAAGACAGUGGAAAGAAUGUCUUAGCAGAAGAACCUGUAAUUGAUAGUGGUGGAAAGAAGGAAAUCGAUGUUGGAACUGAUUCUUCUUUAGGACCGCCUUUGAAUCCGGAUUCUUUCAAUUCUCAGAAAACAAAACCGAAAAGUGACGAAGAUACAUUUGCUUUUACAUCUAGUGAUGAUGACUCGAUAACAGUAGGAAGUGAUGACAAUUCUCUUAUUGCUACACUGACAAAUGACCAGGAGAAACAAUUAGAUGAAGAUAUUCAAGGUGAUGAAUUAAUGAAUCUAAUGAACACUGAAAAUAUCGAGGCAAAGAAGUCAGCAACUAAUACAAGUGAGGAUACUUCAAAGACUUCUACAAAUGGUAACUCAAUUCUUUCUGAUUUCGAUAUUUAA